AUGUUGAAGAAAGUUUCAUCAACUCUAGGAUUACCGCGUACACAAUCUUUGAAUUCGGCUUUAACCGAGAAAAAGAAGAAAAAUAAAGUAGGAGGUGAAGAACCUAUCGCACUUGAUCGUUAUCUUACUAAUGAAGGUCAUCGAUUAGUUGCUUCAUAUCUUAAAAUAACUCAAAUUCAAAAACAUAUACAAAAAGUAAAUUUAUAUGAAACUUUAAAUUAUGAAAAUUUAAGUCUUUCUUUACAAGAAUGUAAAUUAUUAGCUAAAUUACUUAAAUCGGAUAAAUUUUUAAAAAUUAAAACAUUAAAAUUAUCCAAAAACAAUUUAAGUAAAAGUUCAUUAAAAGUAUUAGUAGAUGCUUUAUAUAAAAAUACCACUCUUAAGACAUUAGAUUUAUCAUCUAAUUUAUUCACUGACUCGGAAGCCAAGAAGAUAGCGAAAUUAUUAAAGAAGAAUAAUACUAUAAAAGAAAUUUAUUUAUCAUUUAAUCGUAUUGGUAGUGAAGGAGCAAAACAUUUAUCUAAAGCUUUAAAAGAAAAUAAAUCAAUUGAACGUUUAAGUUUAGAAUCGAAUCGAUUAAAUAGUCAAGGUGGUCAAUAUAUAGCUGAAAUGUUAAAAGUUAAUGAUACUAUUAGAUAUAUUCAUUUAGGUAGUAAUAAUCUUCAAUUAAUAGGAGUAGAAAAAAUAGCUGAUGCUCUUAAAUUUAAUAAAUCUUUAGUUAGUUUAAGUUUAGAUGUUAAUAAUAUUUCUUCAGAAGGUGUAGAAUGUUUAUCGGAAGCACUUAAAGUUAACAAAAUUCUUACUCACCUUUAUAUAUCAAGAAAUAAUAUUGGAGAUAAUGGAUUAAAAUAUUUAAGUAAUGCAUUAUUAUCAAAUGAAACUAUAACUUAUUUAGAUUUGGAAUUUAAUAAUAUAGGAAAUCGAGAUAAUAUUGAAGGAAUUAAAUUAUUAGGUAAUAUAUUAGAAAAUCAUAAUGUUCCUCGAGCUAUUAAUCUUACUCAUAAUAAUAUUGGUGAUGAAGGUUGUGCAGCUUUAUUUUCAGGAUUUCAUAAAAAUAAAACAUUAGAAUCAAUUAUUCUUUCACAUUGUAAUAUUGGAUUAGAAGGAAUUAAAGCAAUAAGUGAUGCAUUAAAAAGUAAUGACGGAUUACAAAAUCUUUCAUUAAAAAAAAAUAAUGAUAUGGGAGCAGAUGGACAUUUGGAAUUAGCUCAAGCAUUAGAAAAGAAUACAAGUUUAAAAGGUGUACAAUUGGAUUAUAAUUUCGCUGAUUGGGAAAAAGUAGGAAAUUCUAUUCAUCAAUCAUUAACAAGAAAUCAUUUUCUUCAACGAGAGAAAUAUAAUACGGCUUAUAUAAAUCAAGUAUUAACUCCUUUACAAAUAAUUUCUAUCAUUAAAUGGUCAUUAACUAGAUCCACUUUGGGUAAAAGUAUGGAAGAAUUUUUAACCAAAACAUUAAGAGCUUAUUAUCCUUUGACUAGUGAUAUUAAACUUUGGCCUACUGAAGCUAGUGAUUAUUAUUCAGCGGAAAGAUUUUAA